AACUGGUUGUAGCGGAAGAUCGGGGUUAGGUUAGGUCGCCGCUUGAGCGAGAGUUGGUUGGAACUUGCGAGCUGGCGAGGGUGACGUAUUAUUUUCUCCGGUCCAGCGUUUUUUUCAAAGUUCUCGGUUCAUCCUUCGUGUGUACGCGAAAUGCCGACCAUCUCACAGUUGCACAAAUGGGCUCUCGGACUCGGCGCAGUGAGCGGCGCGAUACUUUAUUAUUACAAUGCACACGGCAAAACGGAACCGUUGCGCGUUCACAACUCGUGGACGACGAAUUAUACGCCUUCAGUGAAGUGGGAUCACAACUGGGACAGACGAGAUCCACAGAGCUUGGUAAAGCCGAUGAAGAUGAACGAUGAGAACGAUGAGAACAAGUACAACGAAAAAUUCGAGGCGAAAAAAGCAAAGGCUGUACGGCACAUACUCUUGAUUCGCCAUGGACAAUAUCACACGGAUGGAAAGACAGACAUUGAAAGAGUGUUGACUCAACUUGGCAGGAAGCAGGCUGAAGCAACGGGAAAGAGGCUGGCAGAAUUAAACUUGCCUUAUUCAUUGAUAAUAAGGUCCACAAUGACACGUGCUCUAGAAACUUCUCAAAUUAUAGAAAAGAAUCUUAUAAAUGUGCCAGUCGAAACCGACAGCUUGUUAGUUGAAGGUGCACCUAUACCUCCGGAACCGCCUAUUGGUCAGUGGAAAUCUGAGAGACAUUUCUUCCAAGAUGGGCCCAGAAUAGAGGCAGCAUUUAGAAAAUAUUUUCAUCGCGCGGAACCUAGUCAAGAACGUGAUUCUUACACAGUUCUUGUAUGCCAUGCAAACGUAAUCAGAUAUUUUGUUUGUCGGGCAUUACAGUUUCCACCAGAAGCAUGGUUACGGAUAUGCUUGAAACAUGGAAGUAUUACUUGGCUCUGUAUUCUUCCCAGUGGUAGAGUUACUCUCUAUUGUCUAGGGGAUACAGGACAUAUGUUACCACAAAAUGUAACAUCUAGUUAAAAAUGUACGACUUUUUAUGUAACAUGACAUAUUUAUAAAUAAUAUAUUAUUGAUAAGCAUGUAUGCAUCGAUAUGUGUACAUCGAGACUGCAUUCCACAAGAUGUACAAAUCGAUCUCAUAUCAUCUUUUUAUCACAGAGAUAAUUUGCUUUUCACAUGGCUUUCACGUUGGAUGGAAGUAUACAAUUGUACAAAUGUGCGAAAGAGAAGCUGAAUUUUCUAAAAAUAAUAUUUUCAAGUAAUAAGUAUAUGAAGAAGUGGAUAUACAACGACUAAAUGGUAUUUAAGAAAGUAUCACCUCGUGCAUCUCAUGCAUCUGAGUGUAUAUAUUUUUCUUCUAGAGCUCAGCUGUAAUGUCUAUUUAAAUUAUAAAAAUCAUUAAG